UAAACGAAAACUCUCGGAAAAAAACAUAGAACACGGAGGGAAAAAAACAAAAACCAACAAAGAGGAAAGUUUCAUAGAACCGUGUUCACACAAACAUUCUUUUUUUUUUUUUCCUCGUUCGAAAUCGUACGGACAAUUAAACGGUGUCUGUAUUAAGAUUUAAGACUUUCGCAUUGCUAAUUGCUAAUUGCUAAUCUGGUUUCUCCUAACUCCUCGGCGGCAUUUCAAGUUUCUGCGAAUUCGAUAUUUCCGAAGAAUUUCACUUCCACGCGUCAUUAAGGAUCUAUGCAAGAAAAAGCGGGUGUUUUGAGAAGCAAUUUUCGAAGAGAAUUGGAAAGCCAAAAGUCUGUGCGGAUUGAGAUUUUGGAAAGAACAAGUAUGGUUAUGUACCUUCUAUGUAUGUAUGUAUGUGUUGUGCAUUUAAUUGUUUGUCGUGAAUUGCUUUGCAGUUAAUCUGGUUUUGGAAGCCCCCCCCCUUCGAGAUUUUAGUAAUUUUUGUUACUGUACGACUUAGUUUUUGUUUGGAAAAGCUAUGACUUGGGCCUCUCCAAAAUACUCUUCUAGGAUGGCUGCAUAUCCGCGCAGUGUUACUUGGAUUGUGGUUUCGGUGGGAGGAUUGGCAUUCUUUUUAAUUUUUGCUUCUUGGAUUUUAAUCUCGUACCCGAUUGGUUCCACGGUUCGUUUGUAUUUCUAUGGUGUUGAUAGUUCGCAGAAAGUGGAUUUGUCGAUCUAUCCUGGAAAUCAGACUACCACCAUUGUUCCACGUGACGAUAAGGAUGUAAAUAUAGUUGUUAAUAAUGCACCAUCUGAGUCUGAUUUACAAGUGCCUAAGGACUCAAAUGGUGGUGCAUCGAUGGAUAAGAGUAAUUUGGUUCCUGAGUCUAAUUCACAGGUGCCCAUCAGUUCGAUGGAUAAGAGUAAUUUGGCCCCUGAGUCUAAUUUACAGGUGCCCAUCAGUUCAACUAGUCCACCGGUUUCUUUGGAGAACAAGGAGAUAAAAGAUCAUGCACCACCUCUUCCUGCAAUAUCUCCUGCUUUAAAAAAAGAAGAGGAUGCCAAGCCCGCCACUGAUCCCUCCAAAGUUACAAAGAGUGUUGAGAUUGAUGAACAAAUUUCUUUGAGUUUACCAAAUAAGUCAAAUUCUGUAGAUAUGGGAUCAAACGAUACUGCAGCUUCCUCUGAUUCCAAAUCUGGGGCUGUGCAAAGUUCUUCUAGUCAGUCCCGCAAUGAUACCAAGAAUGCGCCAGUUGAUAAAGGCUGUGAUCUCUACCAUGGAAGUUGGAUUUAUGAUAAAACAGGGCCAUUAUACACAAACAAUACAUGCCCUGUAUUGACACAGAUGCAGAAUUGCCAGGGGAAUGGGAGGCCUGACAAGGAGUAUGAGAAUUGGCGAUGGAAGCCCUCUCAGUGUGACAUCCCUCGAUUUGAUCCAAAGAAAUUUCUGGAGUUAAUGAGAGGGAAGACGCUAGCUUUCAUUGGUGAUUCAGUUGCUCGAAACCAGAUGGAAUCAAUGCUGUGCAUUCUCUGGCAGGUAGAAGCUCCUAUAAACCGAGGGAACCGGAGAAUGCAACGGUAUUUUUUCAGGUCUACAUCUGUAACGAUUGCUCGGAUAUGGUCCUCAUGGCUUGUCAAGCAAACAUCUGAACCAUUUGAUUUUGCUCCAGCGGGAGUGACCAAACUACACCUUGAUGCCCCUGAUGAUAACUUCAUGGAAUUCAUUCCAAAGUUUGAUGUGAUUGUCCUGUCUUCUGGCCACUGGUUUGCCAAGCAGUCAGUCUACAUCUUGAACAAUGAGAUUGUGGGCGGGCAGUUGUGGUGGCCUCACAAGUCUCGGCCUAAAAAGGUUAAUAAUGUUGAUGCAUUUGGGAUAUCUGUUGAGACAAUUCUCACUUCUCUUGUUACACACCCAAAUUAUACGGGGCUUACUAUUGUUCGUUCCUAUUCUCCUGAUCAUUAUGAGGGUGGGGCCUGGAAUACAGGUGGGUCUUGCACUGGAAAGACAAAGCCACUUGCAGUUGGUGAGUUGGUAGAAAAUGGCUUUACAAAAAUAAUGUAUGAAAAACAGGUUUCAGGUUUCAAUCGUGCAAUUCAGAAGGCAACAAACAAAUCAAAGUUGAGGUUGAUGGAUAUCACUGAAGCUUUUGGGUACCGCCAUGAUGGACAUCCAGGACCCUAUCGAAACCCUGAUCCAAAUAAGAUCACAAAACGUGGCCCAGAUGGAAAGCCCCCACCUCAGGAUUGCUUACACUGGUGCAUGCCAGGUCCAGUUGAUACCUGGAACGAAAUUGUGAAUGAAAUCAUUAGGAGAGAAUAUGAGGGCAAUAAGAGCUUUCCAUCAUGAAGGAUGUUCUGUUGCCAAGCAGCCUGCAUUGUUGUGUUUCUGUAACUGUAAGGACAAUUGGUUAUGUAAGAUAUAAUUUAUAUUCAGGGAGGUGGGAAAUUUUGUGCAUUUGUUCUUUCAUUAUUUAAAAUAUAUUGUAGAGAAGGUGUUGUAACGGAUGGGAGGAUUAGCCGCUAGUAUAUGAGUUUUUCUUCUCUUCUCAAUUAUAAAGUCCACGUGUACUCUUGGAGAGACUAAUUGCUGUUUUGCUUCAUGAUAUAUUGUAUUGAUUUGUGACUUCAUCUA